AUGUCAGCAAAAGAGAAGGUGGAAGCCGUCCACUCUGAGGACGUCAGCGACGUUUCCUUGCCUCACGACGGAAUCACGGUCGAAGAGGGCCAUCAUGUCGAAGACAAGAAGCGUGCUCGACAGCUCGUCCGCAAAAUCGAUAUCCGGAUCCUGCCGUUAUGCGCUUUCGUCUACAUGCUCAACUAUCUCGAUAGAUCAUCGAUCGGCAACGGGAAGGUUCUAAACGAAGAAACCGGCGAUAGUAUGCUUCAACAGACAUCAAUGUCUGACACCAACUAUGCCGUUGCCGUCUCGUUGUUCUCUCUGGCCUAUGCGUUGUUCGAAGUACCUUCUAACUUCAUCAUGAAACGCUAUGUAAGGCCAUCCAUCUGGCUCGCGACAUUGCUCGGCGCAUGGGGAGCCUUCACGAUUGGGUUCGCUGGCGUCCAAAACUACGCACAGGUCGUUGUGUUGAGGUUCUUCAUUGGAGUGUUUGAGGCGGGUUUCUUUCCUGGCAUUGUCUACCUCAUUACGUUCUGGUAUCCGGUCGAAGAGCGUUCGGUCCGGAUUGCCUUUGUUCUGGCCUCUGCGACUGCUGCAGGUGCAUUCGGGGGUUGCAUUGCCUACGGAGUUGGACAUCUCAACGGGGACGGGGGACUUGAAGGCUUUCGAUGGCUCUUCAUCAUUGAAGGGGCAAUCACCGUCAUAUUCGUCUUGCCGGUGCUGUUCUGCCUGCCCGACUAUCCAACACGAGCCAAAUUUUUGAGCGAAGACGACAAGAAGUUUAUUCAAGACCGAAUUGCUGUCAAGGGAGGCGGCUUUACUCGUGAGAAGUCGAAGAGGAGAGAAAUACUUGCAACGGCGUUCAGCCCGAGGAUGCUGGCACACUACUUGGCAUAUACUACGAACUGCGUCCCGCUUGGGUCUCUUACGUUCUUCACGCCGACUAUUGUCAACGGUCUUGGCUAUACAUCUAUCAAAGCACAGCUGAUGACCGUACCGCCCUGGAUCGUAGGGUAUUGUUGUUGUUUGUUCCUGGGAUGGUCGGCAGAUCGGAUGAAUGCCCGUGGUUGGCACAUUACCGCCUCGUCCAUUUUAGGCGGCGCUGGAUGGUUGACUGCUGGCCUCCUCCCUGCGGACUACUACACCGCUCGAUACGGCUGCCUCAUGCUCUGUGCCUGCGGAGCUUUCCCAUCAUCCGGUCCUCUGAGCGCCUGGGUGACUUGCAAUGUCCCCGCUAUAGCAUGCAUGGGCAUUGCGACUGCACUGAACAACAGCGCCGCAGGCAUCAGUCAGAUCAUCGCUCAGUGGAUCUGGAUCCCGGGCGAGAGCAAAGAGGGGUAUCCAACGGGUAACUUCGUCUGCGCAGCUUGCAGUUUUGCGACUGCGCUGCUUGCGGUGGGUAUGAGGAUCAAUUAUGGGCGAAUGAACAAGAAUGGGGUACUGGAUGCGCAGGGGAAGGAGAGGGUGUGGUUAUUGUGA